AUGUCGCAGUCCACCUUCAAGCGCAAGGCGCACAAGGGCUUCUUUACGCGGUGUCUGCAGGCUCUGCCGUCCUCGGCCGAGGCGCAUGAUGCGAACCGGAUAACGAUUGCCUUCUUCUGCCUCGGCGGCCUGUACCUCCUCGGCGAGCUCUCUCCCAGCGACAAAGACAGGCAAGAUUGGACCGAGUGGAUCUGGUCCCUCCAGUCGCCCGAGGGCGGGUUUGCGGGCUCGCCGCACGCGCCGAAAGUACAGGGCCACCUGCCCUCGACGUACACGGCCUUGUGCUGCCUCGCCCUGUUGGGCUCGCCAAUGGACCGCCUGGACAAGCCUGCCCUCCGACGGUUCCUCAAGUCCUGCCAGGCCGAGGACGGCUCCUUCGCCCCGACACCGGAUACGGAGGGCAUGUUCCAGAACGACGCGCGCAUGUCCUACUGCGCUGUGGUGUGCGGUACCGUCGCUGACUCGGGCACGGAGGGUGAGGGACGGACGGGUGGCUUUAACAAGCAGAAGGCGGGCGAGUAUCUGCGCCGAUGCCAGACGUGGGAGGGCGGGUUUGCGUCCCGUCCCGGCGUCGUCGAAGCGCAAGGAGGGAUGACGUACUGCGCCUUGUCGUCGCUGGCGCUGCUGGGAGAGUUGAAGGGCAACACGGAACUGGAGGAGGAGGCAACGCGGUGGCUGUCCCAGCGCCAGAUCGGGGGUUUCCAAGGCCGACCGGGAAAGCUCGAGGACGUGUGCUACUCGUUCUGGUGUGGAGGCGCGCUUGCUGCCCUCGGUCACUCAGACCUCGUCAAUGAGGAGCCCAACACGGCCUUCCUGCUCAACUCGCAGUCCCCCCUCGGCGGAUUCGGCAAGGCGCCCGAAGACUAUCCGGAUCCAUUCCACUCCUACCUCGCCCUCACUGCGCUGGCAAUGACGCCGGCACGUGAGCAGCUGGGUCUAGCCGAGAUCGACCCUGUGUGGAACCUCGCGCCGGAAAUGCGGGACAGGCUGCUGAAGCCGGUGCCGUGA